AUGGGGCUGUUCAAGGUACGGGCAGGGGACGCCGCAACCUUGCAAAAACAAAAUUUCUCCCAAUCUGAGCUUGCCCACAGCAGCACGCCGACUUAUGCAGCAUCGGAAGAGGGCCCGCAAAAAUGGGCAGAUGGGGAUUACAAGUCCUCUUAUAAACCGGCCUCGUCCGCGUCGCUCGGAUCGGUCACGACUGAAAGCGCUGCUAGCCCUUCUCAAAACCACAGUCCUUACCAUUCUUCAGGCCUGGAUGCCAAUUCUGCCGCCGGACGGCUUAGACAAGUUGAUCAGUUUGGAUAUAGCAGGUCUACCGAUCAGAUCAGUUUGGAAUCGAAGGCGACCAUCUCUGUUGAUCAUUCUGCGAGUACGAGACACUUGGAAGCACGAGCUAUCCGGCAUUAUCACAUCCCGUAUCCACGCGAGGUAUCGUCGCCAGCAUCAAUUUCCAAAAACACACCAACUUCAUCCUCAUUGGCGCCACCUCCAAUGAACAGAGGCGACGCACCGACUACGAUCGGAAUGGCGCUUGGAAGCCCGAGCCACCCUCCUGGAUCUGCCGAGGCACCAUGGAACCAAACUCAAGUCCUUACGACGGUGACUUCUGGGGGAGAUGCGUCGGAAUCCAGUUCUAAUCCCAACGGCAUGUCAAGGUCAAUGUCGAAAAGAUGGAAUCCUUUUAGUAGGACCAAGUCGAAGCGAUCUAAGCCAGCCGAUAGCCCGGCCUCGCGAGCGGCGGGUACAGAUUUGGGAAAGAGCAUGGAUCUUGGAAGUCGUUCCAACUUGGCGAAAAAUGGUGGCGAUAAAGAGAGUGACAGAAAGGGGUCAGCGGCACGCAAGGACAGUUCGAGCAGCUUAUCGAGACAUCCAAUCCCCGAUAUGCCUGUGCUACCAAAUUCACGAGACGCAGCGGCGCCGACACGAGAAGCUCCCGCUCCGCCACAGAUUCAGGUUGAGCAGCCGAAGCAACUACAGUCUCUUCUGAGUAUCGAGAUUCCGACAAUUGAAAUGGAGCGCUACAGCAUCAUGUUUGGAAAUAUUCUUCAGAAGCAGCAGCAGCAGCACCAAUACUUCCUUCAACCGGCCCAGGAGUCUCAACCACCAAAAGAGCCGCAGCUGGAAGCACAAGCAGAACAGACUGCGAAGCUGCAACAAGUACAGGAAGCUCAAGAGGUUCAAGAGGUCUUGGAGAUCCAGGUCCCUCAACGUCCCGAAGAACCUAGACGGCCGGCGCCCUCACCAAGACCUCAGCGAUCAAACUCAAAAGAGUCGGAAAACCCCGAGGAGCCUCAGGAGCCACAACAAUCACAAGACUCUCUGCAGUCGCCGCAGCAGCCGUCACAACAGUCACCAAGGCCUAGCUUGCCUGUCCGACGACAAAUCAAGAUAGAGAGGCUAAACCUGCCGGCAGCCAAGAGCUACCGAGAUGGUUCUGUGCCCAUCGAGAUCAUAGUACCACGGAGAGGAAGUUCGCCUUUGCCAGAAAGCACACCGUCAGACUCUCUCGCCGUGCCCAACCAGGCCCCAGCAGGCAAUCCCCCUAGGCUCUCCUCACGAAGACGAUCCAACACCACUCCUGCCGCCGUGGUCAACUUCCCGACUCCAGCCAUGUAUAAAGUACCGGCGCAGUCGAGAAAGAGAACUACAUCGGUUUCUACCCCCUCCAACGAGGAGCCACCCCUGCCCGCAGACGCCGAAACAACGCCAGAGCGACGUGAGCGCCUCAUCUCCAAGUUCCAUCACAAAGAAUCACCAUCCGAGUCCAGCAUGCCAAAAGUCACUGAUCAGCCAUCCGAAUCUCCCGCCUCCGUAUCCACACAAUCACAAUCACAACCACAGCCACCACAGCCGCGAUCUAUCCUCAAAAAGCCAUCAGGGCCACCGCCUCCUCCACCCACAAACCGCGUGGCCAAACCUGUAGCAGCAUCUCAGGAAGCUGCGCCUCCGAAGCAACACCAACACCAAGUAUCCAUGGCGUCCAUCCGCACCAACGCAGACGAAGAAGAGGUCGAAAAGGCCCUGUACGAGGCCGUCGAAGUCUCGAUUGCGCGGCAGAUUAGCGUCUCAAGGCAGCAGCGUAAAUUGCUGGUGCCUCUGAACCGUUCCGCUUCGAGGAGGAACCCGGGCGAGCCUGCGCCUGACGCGGCCUCCAACAUCAAGCUGGACAAGAACAAGCGGCUUGUUGAGACGAGGACUGCGGUCCCGGUUUUGGUUCAUCCUGCUAGCCGGGCGAAUACUCCGCAAGGUGGUGGUGGUGGCUAUCGAAAGAGCUCGCGUGUGGUUCUUGAAGGAGCAUGA